CCAGGGUUUGUGCUAGGUCCAAGUCCAACUAAUCUCACACCAUAGUAGGGACCCCCACCUCCACUCCUAUAAAAAUUCAUUCUCUAAUAUCUUUUCGUUCUUUCCAUUUCCCUCCUCCUUUGCCCAGUUUUCUUCUCCAUUUCCUUCAUCAUGUCCGAUCACUCCGCCGAUCUUCCUGCUGCCGCCGCCGCUCUUAGUGCUGAAGAUCGUGCCGGUCUCGUCAAUGCACUCAAAGAUAAGCUUCAGCUCUUGGCUGGGGACCGCGUGGAUGUCAUGGAAACACUUUCGCCCAAUGUCAAGCAACGCGUCGAGGUUCUGAAAGUUUUGCAGAGCGAACAUGAUGAAUUGGAGAGUAAGUAUUUAGAGGAGCGAGCUCAGUUGGAAGCUAAAUACCAGAAGCUUUAUGAACCACUUUACACAAAGAGGUACGAGAUUGUCAAUGGUGUUAUUGACGUUGAAGGAAUUACAAACGAAGCAGGACAGGGAGAAGAAAGCAAAGCUGCUGAAGAGAAAGGAGUCCCUAGCUUUUGGCUAACUGCAAUGAAGACUAAUGAAAUAUUGGGUGAAGAGAUCACUGAACGUGAUGAGGAGGCUCUCAAGUAUCUCAAAGAUAUCAAGUGGAGUAAACUUGACAAUCCUAAGGGUUUCAAGCUGGAGUUUUAUUUUGAUUCUAAUCCUUAUUUCCAAAAUUCCGUGCUAACAAAAACAUAUCACAUGAUUGAAGAUGAUGACCCUAUAUUAGAGAAAUCAAUAGGAACGGAAAUUGAGUGGCACCCAGGAAAGUGCUUGACACAAAAGGUUAUGAAGAAGAAGCCAAAGAAAGGAUCAAAAAAUGCCAAACCAAUCAUAAAAACAGAAAAAUGUGAUAGUUUCUUCAACAUUUUCAACCCUCCCCACAUUCCCGAGGAUGAUGACGAAAUUGAUGACGAUGUUGUUGAAGAGCUUCAGAAUUUGAUGGAACAUGAUUAUGAUAUUGGUUCUACAAUCCGAGACAAAAUUAUUCCUCAUGCUGUGUCAUGGUUCACGGGAGAGGCUGGAGAGAGUGAUUUUGACGAUAUAGAAGUAGAUGAAGAUGAUGAAGACGGAGAUGAAGAGGAUGAUGAUGAUGAUGAUGAUGAUGAUGACGAUGAAGAGGAUGAGGAUGAUGAGGAGGAAGAUGAAGGGAAGGGGAAGAGCAAGAGCAAGAGGGGUAGCAAGGCCAAACCUGGUAAAGAUCAGUCGACUGAGCGCCCUGCUGAUUGCAAGCAGCAGUAGUGUUUAGUUGUGUGCAACAUUCCGGGAUAUAUGAUUUUUUUGUCAGUGGUAUAAUUACUGUUAGAGUCUGGGUUAUUUUUUAUCAUAAGCUGCAGUUUUACAUUACUAUGGUGAGGUCUUCUCUUUCUGUCUUUCUUUUUGUUAAUAUUUUCGUUCUCUGCUUGGGAUUCUUGGGUUUCUUUCUGUUGCCCAUUGAUAUUGAUUUUAUUUCUCAUUUUUUUAUUGGGUUUUAAAAGGAAGUGAUGCGGAUCUGUGUCAUUGUUUAAAUUUAUCGUGUAUUAUAUUAAUCUGUUGUACAGAUCUGCUUCCAUUGCUAUGAUUAUUCUAUCAGUCUUUGUACUAAUAUCAAAUUCUGCGAUCGGCUGA